UAUCAUCCACAAAUCACAUCAGAGUGCCCGGUGCCGUUCGUUGCCGUAAGCACCCGUAAGCAGUAUCCGUAUACCGUUAUUGGUUAUUGGGUUUGUGGGUUAGUGCUGAGGCUAACUGCUGACGCUGACUGAUUGAAUGGCAUGUGCAAGAUUGAGAAAUAUUCAUAUGACUGCAAUGAAGUCGUUCGGUAUAAGAAAUUUUAGUGCCAAGUCCCCACCAGAAAAGAAAGGACUACUAUUAGGUGCAUAUACCGGCGACAAAGAUGGAGAGAUAGUAUUCACUAAAGCAGCACAAGGCAUUGACAAUGAAUGCCAAGGAAAGCUUGCUCAGCAUAUAGAAGUGGCAGGCCCCGGUUUGAAACAAGGAAAAUGCCGGGUUUUCUACAAAUUGCAUCAAAAUCAUGAUAUCAUAGCAAUAGUUGGACUGGGCAAGCAGAACCUCACCUACAAUGAAAUGGAAGAUGUGGAUGAGAAGAGAGAGGCAGUUAGAAUAGCAGCUUGUAAUGGGUGUCGCACCCUUCAGGACGUUGGCGUGACACACAUCUACAUGGAAAACCUGGGUGAGCCACAGUGCGCGGCCGAAGGUGCCAAUCUCGGGCUAUGGCUCUAUCAGGAAAACAGAAGUCCAGAGAACCAAGUCUUCAUACCGCAAGUUCUUCCUUUCGAAGGACCCAGCGAAGGAUGGAAGAAAGGAGAAAUUUUGGCUGAAGCCCAAAACUUGGCUAGAAGACUCCAAGACACUCCAGCUAAUCUAAUGACACCUACUAUUUUUGCCGAGAAUGCAGCUGCGAUUCUUGAUGAAGUGGGCGUGGUUGUUGUGGUGCACGACAAGGCGUGGGCUGAGAAGAAGAAGAUGGGCUCGUUUUUGAGUGUGGCCGCAGGAUCGGAAGAACCACCUCUUUUUCUCGAAAUUACAUACAAUGGAGGCAAACCAUCAGACAAACCUAUUGCGCUUGUUGGCAAAGGCAUCACCUUUGACACGGGCGGCAUCAGCCUGAAGCCGGCGGGCAGCAUGGCGGACAUGCGAGGGGACAUGGGUGGAGCCGCCUGCAUUGUUGGCGCACUCACUGCCAUUGCCAGGCUCCAACUUCCUGUCAACAUUGUUGCUCUGAUUCCUUUGACUGAAAAUAUGCCGAGUGGAAAGGCGACAAAGCCGGGUGAUGUUGUGACGGCUAUGAAUGGCAAAACAAUUUGUGUGGACAACACCGACGCCGAAGGCCGCCUUGUGCUAGCCGAUGCUCUCCUCUACGCAGCCACCUUCAAUCCUGUGCUCACUGUCGACCUCGCCACAUUGACUGGUGCGAUCAUUGUGUGUCUGGGAAGUGCCGCAUCGGGAGUGUUCACCAACUCGACGCCCAUGUGGAAGGUGCUGCACAAGGCUGGCACUGUCACCGGCGACAGAGUCUGGCGAUUACCCAUCUACAAGGAUUACACCAAUCUCAUGACUUAUUACAGAUCUGUGGACAUAAAUAACAUAGGGAAGGAUAAAGUUGCUGGAUCUUGUAAGGCCGCUGCAUUCCUGAUGGAAUUUGCCCCAAAAGAGAACUGGAUACACAUGGACAUAGCUGGUGUUCUGGGACCUUCGGAUUACCAUCCUUACCUUCACAAAGGAAUGAUGGGCCGACCAACAAGAACCCUGGUGGAGUUUGUUGAGCGCUUGCCUGGCUCGGAAGGCUUUCCCUCUUAAGUUCCACUCAAGUAUUGCCAGUUCAAUACUUUUCAAAAGUUUGCAUUUUUCUAAAAGUUGCCAGGAGAUUCAUUUUUUCAAAAUUAUUUUGUAGUUCCAAUGAAUGUUUCAUGAAUCUUUUCAACUUGUUUAAUAAUUAAAUAAAAUUCUAUGUAAUAAAAACUUA